UCUUCGUUUCCAGUUUUCCCUUCGAGUUCCACCAGCACUGCGACAGCGCCAUUCUUCCAUUCUCCCUCGCCUCACCGUCCGCUACUUUGUCCCCUCGCCGUCGAUCUCCCUCACGGCGGUUCUCUCAUUACAGUCCAUCGAUUUCCAGUCGCAGUGAGUCCAAACUCCAAAGAACUCUCUCAGAGCCUUUCAACCAUGGCUUCCCAUUCCCCUAACCUCGAAUGUCGGAUGUACGAAGCAAAGUACCCCGAGGUCGACAUGGCCGUCAUGAUCCAGGUCAAGAACAUCGCCGACAUGGGUGCCUACGUCUCCCUUCUUGAGUACAACAAUAUCGAGGGUAUGAUUCUUUUCUCCGAGCUCUCUCGCCGUCGAAUUCGUAGUGUCAGCAGCUUAAUUAAGGUCGGUCGAAUCGAGCCCGUCAUGGUCCUCAGGGUCGAUAAGGAGAAGGGUUAUAUUGAUUUGAGUAAGAGAAGGGUGUCCGAGGAGGAUAUUCAGGCCUGUGAGGAGAGGUAUAACAAGAGCAAGCUUGUUCACUCUAUAAUGCGCCAUGUCGCUGAGACUAUGAACAUUGAUUUGGAGGACUUGUAUAUCCAUGUUGGCUGGCCUUUGUACCGGAAAUAUGGUCAUGCUUUUGAGGCAUUCAAGAUCAUUGUAACUGACCCUGACUCAGUGUUGAAUUCUCUCACACGUGAAGUCAAGGAAGCUGGUCCUGAUGGACAGGAGGUAACUAAGAUAGUUCCUGCAAUGUCUGAGGAUGUAAAAGAUGCACUAAUAAAGAAUAUUAGAAGAAGAAUGACUCCCCAACCCUUGAAGGUCCGAGCUGAUAUUGAGAUGAAGUGUUUCCAAUUUGAUGGCGUUCUUCACAUUAAGGAAGCAAUGCGUAAAGCUGAAGCUGCUGGAAAUGAUGAUUGCCCUGUCAAAAUUAAAUUGGUUGCUCCUCCACUCUACGUCCUUACUACCCAGACACUUGACAAGGAGCAAGGAAUCACUGUUCUCGAAAAAGCAAUCACUGCUUGCACUGAGGCAAUCGAGCAUCACAAGGGAAAGCUUGUGGUGAAGGAGGCACCCAGAGCGGUGAGUGAAAGAGAUGACAAAUUGCUUGCUGAGCACAUGGCGAAGCUACGACAAGACAAUGAAGAAAUCAGUGGAGAUGAGGAUAGCGAGGAAGAGGAAGACACAGGGAUGGGAGAAGUCGAUGUUGAGAAUGCAGGUUCUGGGAUCACUGAGUAAUGAUUGUUGUAGGAAUUUUGUAGGAAUACAGAUGAAGGUUUUCACUUUACCAAGAGACUGACACAUACUUGAGUCAUUACAAUUGGAAAAAUUGGAAGUCCGUGUGUAUUGAGCUCUUAUUCUUUCUCUUGAUAUCUGAUGAUUAAGCUUACGUGGUGGAUCUCUUUUCGAGUA